AUGAGUCAGAGCACACCUGGAGGAGUACACACACCGAGAACGCUGGACGGGGGGUCCGAUAUCGAUUACGGGGGGCGACGCUUACGCCUGGCUGGCAGCCUCACUGUCACUCGGAUCCUCAUUACCCUUUCUGACCUCCUGGAUUGCCACAGUGUCUCUACCGUAGGUACACACAAAGCGCACAGUCGCGAUCUCGCAGCAGCCUAUGCGCUGCGCCUUUGGUACACUGCCCGAAUGGAACCUCACUUGAUGAACUCGUAUCUGCUCUUUAGCGUCGCCAUUCUACUAAUGAUGGUCGUAUUCGUCACAUUGUUGAAUCUCUCACAGCCUCCACUGCGACGUCUCUACAAACACUAUUUCCCCGGUGAACAAGACUACGAAUUUCUGCCGUAG